UUGUGGACUCCGACUCCUCGCACUCACCGACUGUUCGGGGGACCCAGCUCUCACAGCAUACUGACGAGCCGGCUUCUACGUAUGGCUUCUGUGAGGCGUACACUGAUGACAGCUUGAUCAUUUCAAGUUGCUCUCCCACCAUCGCUUCCCCUCUCUUUCCUCUGCCGCUGCGAGGCUGACAGUUACUCGGUUGAUCGGAAAAUAAAACUAAUUUGUGGACCAGCGCGCUUGGAUAGCCUUGGAGUUGGUGGAUUUAUCGAUGCCGACAAUAUUCGGUGUUCUAUUUCCAGGCGGAGUCGUUGGAAGCUGGAAGCUUUCGUCACCACUUCGAGAAUCUUUUUCUUUGGGAUCAGCAUCUACGGACCGCUGAAAGAUAACUAUCUGAAUAUCUAAGGGGAAAUAAAACUUUAACCUUCGUAGUUUGUGGACACACUUAUUUCAAAUACUGCUCUUUAUGACUUUGCGUUUUGAAAACCCCGAGAUCGCAUAAGAUCUUAUUUUCUCUGAAUGGGUAUAUAGUGUGCACAUGUCUAUGUAGAUACAGGCUACCGUUUUUCGUUCUGAAUGGAAACCGUUACUCUGUCUAUCCAAGGAUUACUCCAAGGAGCGACAGAUGCGUCCGUGGAACCAUUUUUCUCCUGAAAAGUAAUUAGGAAGGAGUAUCGCAGCCUGAAAAUAGGGUCUUGGAAAUAACUGGGAUCAGUUUGUCACAUAUUGAACUUUACAGAGGGCGACAGUAACCAACUGUGCGCUUAUGAAUUGUUGGUCUGCGCGUUCAGCCACACUGCUUUUGAAAGGAGACAUUCCCUGUGGACCUAUAUGUGACGUUAUCGUCUUUAUUUGAUUAAGUCGCUGAAAAACGCCACUUGAUUUUGGCGCAGCGGUGCAAUACUCGCCAGCUCGUGGCUGCUUACGGAGACCGUCCGGAAGGCGUGCACGCACACCAGAGCGGACACAGUCCAGGGCAGGCACGCACCACUCCAGGUGGACUUGAUCGGAGCAACAUGUACCCGGCGUGCUGGACAAACGAGUUUAACGUUGGGCGUCUUUGGGCAGUGGUCGGGAACUCGGCGAGACUGAAGUGGCGACCCAGUUGGAUAUUACUGCUUCUCCUGUUUAUUCACUACACGACGGCUCAAGAUGAUGUUCCUCCCUACUUUAAGACGGAACCGGUGCGGAGCCAGCUCCAUCUGGAGCGGAACCGUCUGGUUCUCACUUGCAUGGCGGAGGGCAGCUGGCCUCUGGAGUUCAAGUGGAUCCACAACACCACGGAGAUAACGCGGUUCUCCCUGGAGUACAGGUACCUGAUACCAUCGCUGGACCGCUCUCACGCUGGGUUCUACCGCUGCAUCGUGAGGAACAGAGUGGGAGCGCUACUGCAGAGGAGGACGGAGGUCCAGGUGGCAUUCAUGGGGAGUUUUGAAGAGGGCGAGCUCCAGGCGGUGUCCCAGGGCGAGGGUGCCGUGGUCCACGCGCCCCGCAUCCGGAGCUUUCCGCAGCCGCAGGUCACGUGGUUCCGAGACGGACGCAAGAUCCCGCCCAGCAGUCGCAUUGCGAUCACACUGGACAACACGCUGGUCAUCCUCUCCACCGUGGCCCCGGAUGCAGGGCGCUACUAUGUGCAGGCCGUCAAUGACAAGAACGGGGAGAACAAGACCAGCCAGCCGGUCACCCUGACUGUGGAGAACGUAGGGGGUCCGGCCGAUCCCAUCGCCCCCACCAUCGUGGUCCCUCCCCGGAACACCAGCGUCAUCUCCGGCACCUCCGAGGUCACCAUGGAGUGUGUGGCCAACGCCAGGCCUCUGAUCAAGUUGAGUAUCAGCUGGAGGAAGGACGGCGUGCCGCUGAGGAGCGGCCUGAGCGACUUCAACCGCCGGCUGACCAUCCUCACCCCCCUGGUCAGUGACAGCGGCCACUACGAGUGUGAGGCCGUUCUCCGCAGCAGCAGCGUGCCGUCAGUCAGUGCAGGGGCCCACCUGCAUGUGCUGGAGCCCCCUCAGUUUGUGAAGGAGCCAGAGAAGCACAUCACCGCAGAGAUGGAGAAGGUGGUGGAUAUCCCCUGCCAGGCACGAGGUGUCCCUCCUCCAGAGAUUGUGUGGUAUAAGGAUGCGGUACCCAUCAGUCCGGUGAAGUACCCCCGCUACAGGGUGUUGGUUGGGGGCAGUCUCCAGGUGAACGGCCUCCUGCCCGACGACACGGGCAUGUUCCAGUGCUUCGCCCGCAACUCAGCGGGGGAGGUGCAGACCAACACCUACCUGGCCGUUACCAGCAUUGCCCCGAACAUCACAGCUGGUCCGUCCGACAGCACAGUGAUUGACGGCAUGUCUGUCAUCCUGCACUGUGAGACUUCAGGAGCCCCACGCCCCGCCAUCACCUGGCAGAAAGGUGAGCGUGUUCUUGCCUCUGGCUCGGUUCAGCUUCCUCGCUUCACACUGCUGGAGUCGGGGAGUCUCCUGAUAAGCCCCUCCCACAUCUCAGAUGCUGGCACCUACACCUGUAUGGCCAGCAACUCACGAGGCAUCGACGAGGCGUCCGCCGACCUCAUCGUCUGGGCCCGUACUCGUAUCACCAACCCCCCACAGAAUCAGAGCGUCAUCAAGGGCACGAAGGCCAUCAUGACUUGUGGAGUCACCCACGACCCCAGUGUCACCGUCAAGUUUGUGUGGGAGAAGGACGGCUCGGUCAUUAACGCCCAGUCCAUCCCCCGCAUGCGUCUGGAGGCUGAUGGGACACUGCACAUUUCCCAGACGUGGUCGGGGGACAUCGGCACCUACACCUGCAGGGUCACCUCCGUGGGGGGCAACGACUCUCACAGCGCACACCUGAGAGUCAGGCAGCUACCCCACGCCCCGGAGAACCUGUCUGCAGCCCUGAGCACGGCAGAGAAGCGAGCCAUCAACCUGACCUGGGCCAAGCCCUUCGAUGGCAACAGUCCCCUCCUCCACUACACACUGGAAGUGUCCGAAAACAACGCUCCGUGGACCAUCCUGCUGGCCAACAUUGAGCCCGAGUCGACCGGCGUGACGGUCAGCGGUCUCAUCCCAGCGCGCUCCUACCAGUUCCGCCUGUGUGCCGUCAACGACGUGGGGAAAGGCCAGUUCAGCAAGGAGACGGACCGAGUGUCUCUCCCGGAGGAACCCCCCAGUGCCCCCCCUCAGAAUGUGAUUGCCAGCGGCCGCACCAACCAGUCCAUCAUGAUCCAGUGGCAGCCGCCCCCCGAAAGCCACCAGAAUGGUAUCCUCCGCGGCUACAGCGUCCGGUACCGUCUGACCGGCAUGCCCGUGGACAUCCAGUACAAGAACAUCACCAACCCGGACGUGACCAACCUGCUGCUGGAGGACCUCAUCAUCUGGACCAACUACGAGAUCGAGGUGGCCGCCUACAACCGCGCCGGCCUGGGCGUCUACAGCCACAAGGUCACGGAGUGGACCCUGCAAGGAGUUCCCACCAUCGCUCCCGGUGAUGUGCGUGCCGAAGCGGUGAACUCCACGACUAUUCGCUUCACCUGGACCGCCCCCAACCCUCAGUUCAUCAACGGCAUCAACCAGGGCUACAAGCUGUUGGCAUGGUUACCGGGCCAGGAGGAUGAGGUGUCGCUGGUGACGGUGCGGCCCAACUUCCAGGACAGCGUGCACGUGGGCUACGUGACGGGCCUGAAGAAGUUCACCCACUACAUGACCUCCACCCUCUGCUUCACCACGCCGGGAGACGGACCCCGCAGCCCAGCCAGAGCGGCCAGGACACACGAGGACACUCCUGGUGCUGUUGGUCACCUCAGCUUCACUGAGAUCCUGGAUACCUCCCUUAAAGUCAGCUGGAGGGAACCGCACGAGAAGAACGGAAUCCUCACGGGGUACCGCAUCUCGUGGGAGGAGUACAACCGCACCAACACACGCGUGACUCACUACCUGCCCAACGUGACGCUGGAGUACCGUGUGACGGGGCUGACGGCCCUCACCACCUACACCAUAGAGGUCGCCGGCAUGACCUCCAAAGGUCAAGGACAGCUGUCCUCUUCCACCAUAUCCUCUGGAGUGCCACCAGAGCUGCCGGGGCCCCCCACCAACAUGGCCAUCUCCAACAUCGGACCCCGCUCCGUCACACUGCAGUUCAAGCCCGGCUACGACGGCAAGACCUCCAUCUCACGCUGGCAAGUGGAGGCCCAGAUUGGUGUGUUAGGUGAGAAUGAGGACUGGGUGACGGUGCACCAGCUGACCAAUGAGCCUGAUGCCCGCUCUAUGGAGGUGCCGGGCCUCAACCCCUACACCUUCUACAGGUUCCGCAUGCGCCAGGUGAACAUCGUGGGCACCAGCCCCCCCAGCCAGCCCUCCAGGAAGAUCCAGACCCUGCAGGCGCCCCCAGACAUCGCCCCCGCCAACGUCACCCUGCGCACGGCCAGCGAAACCAGCCUCUGGCUGCGAUGGGUGCCCCUGCCUGAGUGGGAGUAUAAUGGCAACCCUGAGCUGGUGGGGUACCGCGUGCAGUACUCCCGCCCCGGCUCCUCCUCCAGGCCCCUCAGCCACGUCAUCAGCGACCGGCUGGAGCGCGAGUUCACCAUCGAGGACCUGGAGGAGUGGACCGAGUACGAGGUGCGCGUGCAGGCCAUCAACGGCAUCGGCUCCGGGCCCUGGAGCCAGCCCGUCCGCGGCAGAACCAGGGAGUCCGUCCCAUCAUGUGGCCCCACCAAUGUGUCAGCCUUCGCCACCACCUCCAGCAGUAUCCUGGUGCGCUGGUUUGAAGUUCCCGAGCCCGACCGCAACGGCCUCAUCCUGGGAUACAAGGUUGUGUAUAAGGAGAAGGACUCAGACAGUCCCCUGCAGUUCUGGACCGUGGAGGGGAACACCACCCACAGUGUGCAGCUGACGGACCUGGGGAAGUACGUGCUCUAUGAGAUCCAGGUCCUGGCCUUCACCCGCAUCGGAGACGGCAUGCCCAGCUCCCCCCCCAUCCUGGAGCGCACCCUGGAUGAUGUGCCAGGCCCCCCUGUGGGCAUCCUGUUCCCAGAGGUGCGGACCAUCUCAGUGCGACUCAUCUGGCAGUCCCCGCUGCAGCCCAACGGCAUCAUCCUGGCCUAUCAGAUCACGUACCGGCUCAACUCUUCCAAUAGCAACGCGGCUACGGUGGACGUUCUAAACCCGAGCACGAGGCAGUACACCGUCACCAGCCUGCGGCCCGAGUCCGUUUACGUGUUCCGGAUCACCGCCCAGACCCGCAAGGGCUGGGGAGAGGCUGCCGAGGCGCUGGUGGUUACCACGGAGAAGAGAGCUCGUCCGCAGCCCACCAGCCGGCCCUUGGUCCCCCAGGAGCAGGUGCAGGCCCGCAGCGUGCUGUUGGCGUGGGAGCCGGGCAGCGACGGCCUGUCGCCGGUGCGUUACUACACCGUGCAGGUGCGCGAGCUGCCCGACAGCAACUGGACCGUCCACUCGGCCUCCGUCAACCACGACUCCAGCAGCUACGUGGUGGACCGACUGAAGCCCUUCACAUCGUACCAGUUCCGGGUGAAGGCCACCAAUGACAUCGGAGACAGCGAGUACAGCCAGGACAGUGAGGCCAUCACCACGCUGCAGGAUGCCCCAGAUGAAGCACCUGUCAUCCUCUCUGUUACCCCCCACACAACCACCUCAGUGCUGAUCCGCUGGCAGCCUCCUGCUGAGGAGAAGAUUAACGGGAUCCUGCUGGGCUUCCGUGUCCGUUACCGGGAGCUCCUCUACGACCGCCUCCGCAGCAUCGCCGUGGGAAACGUCAACAGCCUCUCGGCCAGCUGGGCGGACCUCACCUCCCCUUACAGCAUACGGAACCUGAGCGAGUCCUCCAUCACCCAGUAUGAGCUAGACAACCUGAGCAAACACAAGCGCUAUGAGAUCCGCGUGAGUGUGUACAACGCAGUGGGGGACGGUCCCACCAGCACACCCCAGGAGGUGUUUGUGGGAGAAGCAGUUCCGACAGCCCCGCCCCAGAACGUAGCCAUCCAAUCAGCAACAGCCACACAGCUGGACGUGACAUGGGACCCACCUCCCCUGGAUAAUCAGAAUGGAGAUAUCCAAGGCUAUAAGAUCUACUUCUGGGAGUACCAGAGGCAGAACGAGACGGAGAAGCUGCGGACGCUCUUCAUGCCCGAGGGAGGGGUGAAGCUCAAGAACCUGACGGGGUACACCACCUACAUGAUCAGUGUGGCUGCCUUCAACGCCGCCGGGGACGGGCCUCGCAGCGGGCCCACCAGGGGACGCACACAGCAGGCUGAUCCCUCCUGUGGUCACUCACUGUCUCCAUCCCUCUGCGGUCUCCUAGGCAACAGCUCCAACUGCAACGCCCUGACCCACGGGGAGAUGGUGCGUCUGGACGAGAGCCGCUUCCCCGCCCUGGAGCUCAACAACCGCCGCCUGUCCGUCAAAAACUCCUUCUGCCGCAAGAACGGCGUCUACACCAGGUCCCCGCCCCGGCCCAGCCCUGGGAGUCUGCACUACUCGGACGAGGACGUGAGCACCAAGUACAACGACCUCAUCCCAGCCGAGAGCAGCAGCCUCACGGAGAAGCCGUCAGAGAUCUCAGACUCACAGGGCAGUGACAGCGAGUAUGAGGUGGAGUCUAACCGGCAGAAGACCCACUCCUUCGUCAACCACUACAUCAGCGACCCCACCUACUACAACUCCUGGCGGCGCCAGCAGAAGGGCAUCUCCCGCGCCCAGGCCUACAGCUACGCCACCGAGUCCGACGCCGGCGAGCCCGAGCCCUGCGCCCAGCCGCCCCCUCUGCCCCCUCUGCCGCCCAUGCCCCCCCAGCUCAACUCCCCCCGGGGGGAAAUGCAGACGCCCACCCCGGGGCAGGGGCAACAAGGGCAGGGCCAGGUGCAGGGGCAGGUGGCAGGGCACGUGCAGGUGGAAGGGCAGGGGCAGGGGAGCCUGUUUAGGCCCAAGGGAAGUCGGACUCCCACCCCGUGCCAACAGAGCUCCAACCCGCCCAGCCAGCAUGGCUCCCUGUACCGGCCCCCGAGCAGCCUGGCACCCGGGUCCCGCACCCCCAUCGCCGGGUUCUCUUCCUUCGUCUGACCCGUUUGACCCCGAUCGAUCGACCGACCGAGCGAGCGAGCUAGCGAUCGAGCGAGCAACCUUGGCCCCUUCUUUGCCCGUCUUGUCCCUACAGGACAGAACGACGAUCAAAAAUGUUCAAAACGGAAGAAGAACUCAUACUUACUCUCUUUUUUUUGUCGUGUUUUUGUUUUUUCGGUCACAGCAGCAGGUUUGAUUUGAAACGCUUUUGUUUUUGCUAUUUGUCUCUCUAUGCAUUUCUAUCACUACUUUAGUGGCUUUUGGCUAAGACUCAAGAAGUGCUGACAGCUGGUUUACGUGUUUGUGAUGAGUUGCUUCUUCUUCUUCUUCUACUUCUUCUUCUGCUAUCUGAAGAGACAAUCAUGCGGACAUCGAAAGGACCGAUGGCCUUCUGGUUUUGUGUCUGUUUUUUGCAGCUUGAGCGAUGCAUGUAUUUCUUUUUUUCUUUUACCUAACUUUUGUCUCUUAUUCACUCACAGUAUACAAGGAUUCAACCCAAACGAAACAUCUCUUAAUCCAAAAUGUGGAACAAACUAAAAAAAAAAUAUAUAUAUAUAUAUAAAUAAA